AUGAAGGCUCCUCCAGUCAUGUUGAUAAAAAGGAUCUUACUGUACAUCCUCCUAGUAACGCUGGCUCAGAGCAACUAUCAAAUUUACGGAUUUGAUGCCACCUAUUGUGCAGUUGAAAUUCAAGUUAAAAGAAACUCCGAGUACAAAACUAAUCUCGGGAACUCCUUGAUUAUAGCCUGUCCAGUUCAUUACUGUGAGAAAAAGCCAGACAUGCAGUGGUGCAAGAUAGAGGUGGAUACAUGUGUGGUGCUGAAGGAGGGCAAAGCGGAAUGGGACUCCAAUGUGUUUACACUGGAGUUUUUCUCAGUUAAUCAGAAUGACAGCGGAACUUAUCGUUGUCGAGCAAUAGGAGGCAACUAUUCCAGUGUGAGCCAUGGAAUAAAGGUUAUUGUUGAAGAAAAGUCUACAAACAUUAUCACAAUUUCACCAGAAAAUACCACUAGUAUCUCAGAAGAGUCCCAAGAAUCUCGAAACUACAAGAUAUUGCACAUUAUUUAUGCUUCAGCAUCCGUGGGUCUAUGUUGUCCAUUCAUCGCUGUAUGCAUGUUUUGGCGUCUAAGGAGGUACCAUGCAAAGCAAAAGAGAACUCCAUUAACUUCACAGAGACAAAAGAGCCUGGUCAGAAGUCCAUCAGCUGCUCCAUCCCACGCUGCUGGGACAACUCAAGCUUCAGAAGAAAGCUCCUCACUUUACUAUUGCUCCAUGGCUAGCCCACUGCAGGCCUCGCACGGCAGCGCCAUUUAUGACAACGAUGUCCCUCCCUGGAACGUGCAGAGGACAGCAGUUAACGCACCUCGCAAUGAUCCUGUUAUUCCUUCCACCCCAGUUUUACCGGAAAGCCCAGAUGGCCUCACAUAUGCUGCACUAAAUCAUUCUGCUUCUGCAGAAAGAUGCCAGAGAAGGGAACUAACUGUAGAAAAUGAAUUUACAGAAUAUGCCUCCAUUAAUGUAAAUAAAUAA